AUGGUGUUGAAUGCCAUCAGAGACCUCGCCCUGAAUUCACCGUUACUUUUUAGUGGGGCCACACUCUUCAUCCUGAUAUCGGUCAUUCAUUUCUUGCUUGCACGUCCUAAGAAACUGAACUUGCCUAUUGUUGGCGGUGGUUAUUGCAAGAAAGAAGACCAUAGGCACGCUUUGGUUGAAGGAACAUUGAAGUACCCAGACAGUCCCUUCUUGAUCAACACAGAUGCACCUCUUGUUAUUCUUCCCAUAUCAGUCAUCAAUGAAGUUCGAAACUUGCCUGAGGACAAGGCUUCAUUCAUGAAGGACAUGCAACAAAGAUUCGCGUCCAAACAUACUCAAAUUGGAAGCGAAGGAUGGGAAGUGAUCCAAGUCCUCAAGGUCGAUCUGACGAGGCACAUUGCCAGUACGCUCGAUGACCUUCAAGAAGAAAUCCAAUACGGAUUCGACAAGGAGUUCGGACCGUGCGAAGACUGGACUCCUAUACCAGCGUACCACAAACUCACCCGCAUCAUUGCAUUAUUGAGUGGACGUGUUUUUGUGGGUCGUCCCCUAAGCCGUGAUGAGGAAUGGAUUCAAGCAACGGUCAUGAGUACGAUGUUCGGCAUUGCAGCAAGAGAUGCCAUCAACUCCUACCCCAGAUAUCUCCGUGACAUCGUUGCACCCUUUCUUCCUGAAUUGAAGAGACUGAAACAAUUCCGGAAACGAGGAGCUCAACUACUGAAACCAAUUUUGGAUGCUCAGCUGGCUAAGGAGGGAAAUGAAAAACUUCGUCGAGACGAUUCAGAGGAUGAGCAGGGUACCAUCAUUUCUUGGAUGUUGAAGUACAUGAAGGAAGAUGAACGUUGUGAUCCUAUGAUCUUAGGCCGCAACCAAAUUGCACUCUCUAUGGCCGCCAUCCACACUUCUUCUAUGGCCACCACAUCGGCCAUCUACGAUCUUGCGGCUCAUCCUGAGUACAUCCAACCACUUCGUGAUGAGAUUCACCAAGUGAUUGACGAGGAUGGCCAAGAUAUUGAUGGGGAUGGACACAUGACUCUCAAAAAAUCAAGCAUGCCUAAGCUCUGGAAACUCGACAGCUUUCUAAAAGAGAGCCAACGUUUCACUCCACCACAGCUACCGGCGAACGUCCGUGUAACAACUUCAUCCCUCACUCUCUCCACUGGUCACACCCUCCCAACAGGAACUCGCUUUGCCUUUUCAGCUUGGGCAAUCCACAACUCCCCCACAAACGCCAUAUUCACCCCAACGCCAGACCAUACUCCGCUCCCACCCUCCACUUUCGACGGUUUCCGCUUCUACAAGCUGCGCAGAAUCCCCGGCAACGAAAACAAACAUCUAUACGUCACCACCUCGCCCGAUUCAUUGAACUUCGGACAUGGAAACCAUGCUUGUCCUGGGCGAUUCUUUGCUAGUAAUGAAAUCAAAGUCAUUCUUAUUGAAUUGCUGAGAAGUUGGGAGUUUAGAUAUAUGGGUGGCGGGGAAGUGAAGAAGCCGGAGAAUACGUGGGGUGAUAUGGUUUGUUAUCCUGAUUUGAAGACGGUGAUGGAGUUUAGGAGAAGAAAGCCCGUUGCGGCUUAA